AUGGUCAUGGCUUUGGCCAUGGACACGGAAUUGUGUUGUACAUCAUCACGGUUUUUGGCCCUGGGCACAGGAAUCGGAUUUGGCCACGGUUUCGGACACGGCUACGGCCACGACAUAUACAAACGCGAAGCCAAAGCCGACCCCGAAGCCAAGGCCGACCCGAAGGCAGAACCCGGCUUUUCCCAUGGCUUUGGAGGCCACGGCUUCGGCGGUCAUGGUUUUGGCGGCCAUGGAUUUGGACAUGGUGGGUUGGGAAUAGGUCAUGGCUUCGGCCACGGACUCGGUCACGGCAUCGGCCAUGGCCACGGUCAUACUGUCAGCCAUGAAGUUAUCCAUGUUGGACAUGGCCAUGGUCAUGGUCAUGGUCUUGGUCAUGGAAUCGGGUUUGGCCACGGUUUUGGACAUGGGCAUGGACAUGGAUUUGGCCAUGGUCUCGGCCAUGGAAUCGGGUUUGGCCACGGCCUUGGACAUGGAUAUGGACAUGACGUACAUAUUGUAGAACACGGAAUCGGACCUGGUUUUGGACACGGACUCGGACAUGGUUUUGGCCACGGGAUUGGCCAUGGGUUUGGAGGCUACGGACACCACUAG